CCCCCCCCCCCCCCCCCCCCCAAGAGCGACAAGGACGGCAAGGGCUCGAAGAGGCAGCGAGACGAGAGCGUGGGUUUUGGAAAGGCAAGGCUAGCUUCGUUGGUGUAGUCGACGACGAGAUUGGGCGAGAGAGGUUUGCGGGAUAUGAUGGAAUUGGUUGGUGAUACAGAAUAAGCCACCAGAGUGAGAAUCAGGACACCACAAGUUUUUGGGGCGGUGGGCGGGUAUUUCUGUGUAUGGUAUUUCUAUUCCUCCAAUCUCCAGACCAGGGGACGACGGCGGCGGCUCUCUUGGUGUUUCUGUCGUGCUUCUGUGUCUUCUCACAUGCUCUGUUGGGCAAUGGUCCCCUACCACGUCUGUCACAUCUGCCACGCGGCACGGCUACAGUAUAUAGGCGGUAUGUGUAUAUCCUAUUCCUCGGUAUGUUGGCUGGAGAGCGUGGUGUAGUCGGGGGUUGGUUGGCUGGCCGUGUCUGCCCGUGCUCGACGCCUCGACGCUCAGCAGUUCCAGGACAGGCCGGGUAUCGAACAGAUCAGGAAGCUGGAUUUGCUGUGACUGGAGGUGACUGGAUGUGAGGUGAGAGUGGUGUGAUGAGUAUGGCCACGGCCUGAAGAGCGGCCUGGAGAGCCCUGUGAUAAUAUUACCGGUGUGUAUCUAAUUUACC